GCCGCGCCGCGCGCUGUCGCCGGAGCUCGCUUGCAAUGCGACGCGAAUUCCACGACGACUCUAUAUCGUUACCUUAAAAGUUGUGAUGUUAGUGAAUUUAUAGCGAAUCUGUAAACUUUUGUACAAUGUGCAAAAUAUUUCAUUUAAUUACAACAAUUCAAAACAGUGACAAAGUUAAAUUGAAUUCAAUUGUUUACUCAAGUUAUUAAGAUGAUUAAUAUAUGAAAAAAAUAAUUACAAUUAGAAAAUUAAAUUGAAAAAUGCGGAGUUCAGUGAAGAAUAAGUGUUAAAUACCGUGACAGGGUGUAAAUAUCCAAUAUAAUAAUUAUUUUAUAUUUAAAAUGUGAGGCAGUGUAGACUCAGUGUGCAGCAUGAUGUGGCUGGUGGCGCUGGUAGCGGCGCUGGGCGCAGCCGCCGAGCGAGGCACGCGCGGGCCCGCGCGCUCCGCCGCCGACGCCGCGCUGGCCGCCCUGCUGCUGCCCGCUCUCACCAACGACUCCCAAUUGCUCACGGACUACCACUUUCUCAGCCGCAUCGACUAUAUCCUUCUAGAAAACUAUGUUAAUAAAAAAUAUACCAGAUACAAACGGGAAUCGCAUUCUCUCAUUGGUACCUUCGAUUUCAACAAGUUAUUUAAAAAGAAAAAGACAAAGAGCAAGAAUGAAGAAACACAGCCCAGUGCCUCGUCGCUGCAGGGAGGCACACCGCCUCCUUACACGGAGGAACAACAAGGUUUGUUAACGCCGCCGUCUGAAAGUACAACAAUACCACUUACAUCCACCUUAAGAACAAGUUCUGUUGGCACUAUCGAACAGACAAAAUCUACGAGUCAAGUAACAAAACCACUAAGACCACUUUCUCAGCAAAUUAUAAAUCCAAGCGAUCAGUUAAAUACUGAAGCAAAGACAAUAAAACCUGUCACACAGCCAAAAGCAAGAGUGAAAGUGACCGUUGGAAAAAAUUCUACAAUAAAAGGAAGAGCUAAACAGAAAACAGCACGGAAACAGAAGGAAUCUAGACGGGAAACAUCUCGCGAGGCAGGAGUGGAGUUGAACCGCGAGGCAGGACGUGAGGCGAGGCUGGUGUCAUACAAGAAGAAGCCGGAGAACGAGACUGUGUGGCCGGUGAAGCACGCGGCCGUCGUGGAGGGAGACAUCGUGCUCGGCGGGCUCAUGAUGGUGCACAGCCGGUCAGAGGGCGCGACGUGCGGGCGGGUGAUGGCGCAGGGCGGCGUGCAGGCGCUCGAGGCGAUGCUGUUCGCGCUGGACGAGGCUGCGCGCGCGCGCCUGCCGCCGCCCGGCGUGCGCCUCGGCGCGCACGUGCUCGACGACUGCGACAACGACACCUACGGCCUCGAGAUGGCGCUAGACUUCAUCAAAGGUUCAAUCAGCAACAUUGACGACGCGGAGUACGCGUGCAACGCGACGGCCGUGCGCAAGGUGAUCUCGGGCGUGGUGGGCGCGGCGUCCAGCGUCACCUCCGUGCAGGUCGCCAACCUGCUGCGCCUCUUCAAGAUCCCGCAGGUGUCAUUCUUCUCCACAUCCCCGGAGCUAUCUAAUAAGGCCCGCUUCGAAUACUUCACCCGCACAAUACCGUCGGACCAGCACCAAGUUCGAGCGAUGGUGGAGAUCGUCAAGCAGCUCGGCUGGCGUUAUGUCUCUAUCAUUUACGAAGAAUCCAAUUAUGGAAUCAAAGCUUUUGAAGAAUUAGAGACUCUUCUGGCCCGUAACGAGAUAUGCAUCGCGGUAAAGGAGCGGCUAGUGAAGGACUCUGGCGAGGCGGAUGCGCUCGCCUAUGACAACAUCGUGCAGCGACUGCUGUCGCGUCCGAGGGCCAGAGGUGUGAUUGUAUUUGGGUCUGACCAAGAAGUGGCGGGCGUGAUGGCGGCGGUGACCCGGCUCGGCGCGGAGCGCACGUUCGGCUGGGUAGGCUCGGACGGCUGGUCGGCGCGCGCGCUCGUCGCCGACGGACACGAGGCAGCCGUCGAGGGCACCAUCAGCGUCCAGCCGCAAGCCAACCCCGUCAUUGGUUUCGAGCAGUACUUCCUCAACCUGACCGUAGAAAAUAACCCGAGGAAUCCCUGGUUUGUCGAAUUCUGGGAGGACCAAUUUCGCUGCCGCGUGCGGGGCAGCGCUCGCACUCCGUACAAUGCGGAGUACAGUCGCACCUGCAGCGGCCAGGAGCGGCUCACGGCCGAGAACACCAACUUCGAGGCGCAGCUGCAGUUCGUGACGGAUGCGGUGUAUGCCUUCGUCCAUGCCAUCAAGGAUAUGCACGCCGAUCUGUGCGGCGGCAAGCCGGGCCUGUGCGAGGCGAUGCGGCCCGCGAGUGGGGCCAUGCUCUUACGCUACUUGCGUAACGUCAACUUUACCGGACUGAGCGGCGAUAAGUUUCACUUCGACAGCAACGGCGACGGUCCCGUGCGCUACAACAUCCUGCACUUCAAACAGGCGCCGCGCGGUGUGUACCGCUGGGUGCGCGUGGGCCGCUACGUCGACGGCGAGCUCGAGCUCAACAUGGACGAGAUCCAGUUCAAGCUAGACGAGCCACGGCCGCCGGAGUCCGUGUGCAGCGCGGAGUGCGAGCUGGGCCAGGCAAAGCAGUACGUGGAGGGCGAGAGCUGUUGCUGGCACUGCUUCAACUGCACGCAGUAUGAGAUCCGGUCGCCAGUAUCGGAAACAGCCUGCGUUGAGUGUCCGCUGGGCACGCUUCCGGACGCAGCUAGGACCCGCUGCGAACCGGUGCCGGAGCUGUACCUCCGGCCCGGACACCCGGCGGCUAUCGGUGCCAUGGCUUUCUCCACACUCGGCGUAGUGCUCACAACGCUGGUGGGCGGGGUGUGGGUGGCGCGCGGACGCACGCCUGUGGUGCGCGCAAGCGGGCGCGAGCUGUCGUUCGUGUUGCUUGCCGGCAUCCUCAUGUGCUACCUCGUCACAUUCGCGCUCGUGUUGCGACCCACCGACUUCCUCUGCUCGCUGCAGCGAUUUGGUACGGGGUUCUGCUUCACAAUGGUUUACGCGGCAUUGCUGACAAAGACCAACCGAAUAGCACGCAUUUUCGAUGCAAGCAAGCACACCGCUCGCCGGCCCUCACUCAUAUCACCCAAAUCUCAAUUGGUUAUUUGCUCCAUAUUGGUGUCUAUUCAAGUGGUUGUAGUAGUGGUGUGGCAGAUAGUGUCACCUGCGCGCGCGAUCCACCACUACCCGUCGCGGGAGGACAACAUGCUGGUGUGUGACUCGUACGUGGACGCUUCCUAUACCAUCGCCUUCUUCUACCCCGUAGUGCUCAUCGUCGUCUGCACCGUGUACGCCGUUCUAACCAGGAAGAUCCCCGAGGCUUUCAACGAGAGCAAACAUAUUGGAUUCACAAUGUAUACGACGUGCGUGAUCUGGUUGGCAUUCGUGCCGCUGUACUUCGGCACGGCGUCGCACGUCCCGCUGCGCGUCACCAGCAUGGCCGUCACCAUCUCACUCAGCGCCAGCGUCACGCUCGUCUGCCUCUUCUCUCCUAAGCUGUACAUAAUAGUGAUGCGACCUGAGCGGAAUGUGCGUGCGACAUUAAUGGCGCCGCGCUGGCGAUCCCUACCAGGCGCGGCCGCGGGGGGUGGAGCAGCGGGGGGCGCGGUGUGUGCGGCGCUCGUGGGCGCUGCGCCCGUCCCGCGACCCCCGCACACAGACCUCACGCCAUCCACCGACCUCUCCACACUCAAUGACAACGAGAGAAGCUCAUCCGACAGACAGGUCCAAACCGACGAGUCAACGUUAUACCCUCGUCUGGAGAAAGAUCUCAACUCCAAAGAAGAGAACGGCGUGUGUUUGAACGCGCGGCGACUGCUGGAGAUGCGCGCGGGGCUGCCGGGGUUCCGCGACGCGCGGCGAGCGGCGGCGAGCGUACCGGCCAGCGCGGUGGCCGUGCUCGCGGACGACCUCGCCUUAUAGCGGCGCCCGCCUUCGCCUCCGCCAUCGCAGCGAACGAAAGCUCGCGUGCCUAUUUUAGUAUAAAUGAAAGCUAAAAUACAAUUAGCCUUCGUACAAAAUGUCGUUCAAAGUAAAAAUUUCUAUUAAUUGAUCACGCUCGACUCUAAUAAGUCGAGCGUGGUCAUGUUGCUAUAAUAUUAUCCUUCGUUCAUCAAACUCAAAUAACUACUAUCCUUGUAGCAAUUUUGAAGGACCGCGGCUUCGAAAUAUAAAAGGCCACGACAUGUUGCAAGCUGCAAGUCGUACUUGCUCAUGGCAUGAAAAGUUUCGUAGCAAAAAACAGUUCCAAGUUUAUACAAAGAUUUAAAAUGACUACUUUAUUUAGAUAACGUAUGAACAAGAUCCCGAUUUAAUAGGGAUACAUAUUAUUUAUAAAUGAAUAGAUAUAAUUGAUUUCCCACAGAUUUUUACAGUUUUUGUGGUUAUAGCACGUUUUUGUAAUGGGCUCUGUUAUAUCUCAAAAACUGAAUCUCUUUUAAAUUAACUUAAGUUGAAAAUUUAACUUUAAGAAUAAAUAUUUAUAAAAACUGCAAUGCCAUGAUGUUUUUGUAUAAGAAUCGUAAAGCAGUAACAAAUUAAUGUAAUGUUGAUAAAUGCUUGAUGUAGUUUUUAAGUUGAACUGAUUGAUAUGAUUAACUUGAUAGUAUGACUACAAUUUCAAUUUUGAUUUUCGUAAAUCAAAUCAUUCAGAAAUUAUAAAUUCACAGGCAACUUUACACGUCAAAUUUUAUAUUAACGCACUAAGUGAUUCUAGUAAACCGUUCAUUAGCUAGAGUAUAUUAUACUCCAGACGGACACGUGACAGCGGUACAUUAUAUUGACUGUACUAUUUAGUAGUUCAUCCUCCUGGUCCUGUAGACAAAGGUGUACAUUUAUCUGUACAUUACAGUACAUGUGUUGUUGUAGAAACUGUCGAUAUACGGUUGUACACUAUCAUUGAACAGUUCGCCAAACUUUAGUGGUUUGACACACAUCUUUGAGUUUGACGAGUUACAUUACAAUGAAUCCAGAACAUGUUUUAGCACUAUUUUUCGUCUGAAAGAUCACGUUUAAAUGUGGGUAAAAUAAUUCCUUUAAAAAUUAUUGAAAAUGAUUGCUUUAUUACUAUCCCAAUUAGAACGAAGACAAAGUAAAACACUGAGCGAGGAAAUAGAAGCUUCUAAUUAGAGAGUAAAUAAAUGUAUGAUUUUUACACAAUUAUGUAUUGUAAAUAUUAACAAAACGAUGUAAUUUAUGUAAAAUAUAACGAAUUUUGUGAUACUAAGGUUAAGUGAAACAUAA